AUGAAGCAGUUCGGUACACUACUUGGAGCAAUUGUCGGCCUAGCGCUGGUUGCGCACGCGUCAGCGGCUGCAGCGCCCAGCUGCCCGGAACCGUACGGUGAGCAGGCAUACCUGCACCCGGACCACUGCGACCAGUUCUUCCUCUGCACCAACGGUACGCUGACGCUCGAAACGUGCGAAAACGGUCUGCUGUUCGAUGGUAAGGGUGCCGUCCACAAUCACUGCAACUACAACUGGGCCGUCGACUGCGGUAGCCGGAAGUUUGCCACCGACCAGACACCACUCUCAACACCCGGCUGCGAGUAUCUGUUCGGCGUGUACCCGGACGCGGCAGAAUGUUCCACCAGCUAUCAUAAGUGUGCGUACGGCGAGGUCCAUCAGGAGCUGUGCGAACCGGGCCUGGUGUACGAUCAUCGCAUCCACGGUUGCAACUGGCCCGACCAGCUGCUCGACUCGUGCAAUCCAGAAGCGGUCGUCGGAUUCAAGUGCCCACAGUCGGUACCGUCCGGUACGGUGGCGGCACGGUUCUGGCCGUACCCGCGCUAUCCGGUGCCCGGUGACUGCCACCGGUUGAUUACCUGCGUCGACGGACAUCCGCGUCUGAUUACGUGCGGCGAGGGUAAGGUGUUCAACGAGGAGUCGCUCACCUGCGAAAACCCGGAGGAUGUGCCGCAUGCCUGCCGUCACUAG